AUGAAUCAUUCUAAUGCAUUUCCUGCACUGUCACUUGUUACUCAGCCAAUUGUAGUUGCAAAGCCGGUGCUGUGUGGGCAGGUACUGCGGCACUCGGAGCGCCUGUGGGAGUUCCUGGUGGGGCGACCGGCGCCGCUGGUGGGCGCGCGCGAGCGAGUGCGGCAGCUGUGCGAGGCCAGCCGCAUCGUGGCGAACGCGCGCCUGCGCGGCCUGCGGCCUCCGGCCCAAGCCACCCCGGCCGCCCUGGAGGUCCGUGCCUGUCGCCUCAUGGGCGCUCCUCUUCCUCGCGACUACCAGCCGCCGCCGCAGGCCGCGCGCCGCCCCAAGCCGCUGGAUCUCGUCGAUCACAAUGUGAGACAGUUGUUGAAACAGGACAGUUUGAAAUGUCACAGAAGCAAGAACCACUUCAUACUCGUGUGCGGCAACUUGUGCACAAUGAAGAACAACGAAGACAGGUGGAUCUCCUUUUCAAUCAACUGCAAAAACUUCCAGGAUUUAGACCCAUGUAAACUAUGGAAUUGCAAUGCAUAUGAAAAGCCUAUAAGGAUAAUCUUGCCAUAUUGUGUCAACUACGGCCUUCAGUGUAUCCAUCUGCUGGAAGCCUGCUGA